AUGAUAGAAAUAUUUAUUUAUAUACAUGUUCCUUUAUUUGAUGAAAAGAAAAAAUUAUAUGAAGAAUGUAAAGAGAAAUAUAAAGACCAAGAAUCCGAUGCUUACUGUAAAAGAGUAGCAGAAGUGGAUCGUCAAGGAACAACUGAUUUUUCUAUAACUUGUCCAUAUAUUUAUCAAUGUAUAUAUGAUCAAAAAGAAAAUGGUGAACAUAUUUAUGAUAAUGUUUGUAUAUUUUUAUAUUAUUGGUUAUAUGAAAAUUAUUAUAAAAAUGAAGGUGAUUUUGAGAAUGUAAAAAAACGAUAUGAAGUAUAUCUAAAGGCGUAUGCAGAGUACCAGCAGCCUAUAUGCGAUUAUUAUAAAAGUAACAUAACUAAAGAAGUAUUAGAAAAACUCAAAGAUAUAUAUGAUAUGAACACUGAACUUGACAAUAUAAAAAAUAGUAAAGGACCUUGCAGUAGUAGUAAUUCCGAAUGUGCGAAGAAAUGCUGUGAUAUAUAUAAAAAAUACGAGGAUGGUUGUAUAUCAAAGACAAAAAUUUUUGUAUUCACCAUUUGUGGAUCAUGUUUACAUAAUAGGAUAAUAAGAAAAACAUAUCUCAGGAAUAAUUUAUAUAAUGAAUGGAAUAUAUUGCAAGAACCUCAAAUGACAAGUUGUAAUUCAAGGAAUAGAACUUAUAAUGUAUUAUAUAGUUCUGAUUAA